GCCUCCAAGAUAGAUUCCCUCAGGAGCAAGGUUGACCUGCUCAAGCUGCCGUUGGCCCUCUCCACCAAGUCAAUCUCCGAACGCAAGAACCAGCUGGGCGGCGUCGGCAAGCCGUGCGGCACGGGCGGAGGAGGUGGAGGAAGCGGGGCUCGUAAAGCCCGCUCGCCACCCGCCCGAGACAUGGAUAACGAGUCGCAGUACUCGGGAUACUCGUACAAGUCGUCGCACUCCCGGAGCUCCCGCAAGCACAGGGAUCGGAGGGAUCGCCAUCGCUCCAAAAGCAGAGAUGGAAGCAGCCGCGGAGACAAGUCGGUGACUAUUCAGACACCCGGAGAGCCGCUUCUCGACGCAGAAUCAACACGUGGAGACGAUCGGGAUGACAACUGGGGCGAGACCACCACUGUGGUGACUGGUACGUCGGAGCACAGCAUCUCCAAUGAAGACUUGACCAGAGUUACGAAGGACUUGGAGGAGUCAACGCCUCUGGAGUGCAAGCGCUUCCUGGGCCCGGCUCUCGGCGGCCUCCUGAGCUUCUUCGCGCUAGUUACGCCGCUCGCCUUCCUGGUGCUGCCGCAGGCGCUGUGGCGCGAUGACCUGGAGCCGUGCGGCACGCCUUGCGAAGGCCUCUAUGUCUCACUGGCCUUUAAGCUGCUCGUGCUUCUCAUCUCCUCGUGGGCUCUCUUCCUACGGCCGCCGAGAGCUACGCUGCCGCGCUUCUUCGUCUUCCGCUGCCUACUCAUGGUGCUGGUCUUCCUCUUUGUGGCAUCCUACUGGCUCUUCUACGGCGUGCGCGUGCUGGAGCCCCGCGAGCGAGACUACCGAGGCAUCGUGGAGUACGCCGCCUCGCUGGUCGACGCGCUGCUCUUCAUCCAGUACCUGGCGCUGGUGCUGCUGGAGGUGCGCCACCUACAGCCUGCUUUCUGCCUCAAGGUGGUGCGCAGCACAGAUGGGGCUAGUCGCUUCUACAAUGUGGGCCACCUCAGUAUCCAGCGGGCAGCCGUGUGGGUGUUGGACCACUAUUACAAUGACUUCCCUGUCUACAAUCCCGCCUUGGUGAACCUGCCCAAGUCCAUUCUGUCCAAGAAAAUGACUGGCUUCAAAGUCUACUCACUGGACGAAAACCCUGCCAAUAAUUCUACGGGGCAGUCACGCGCAAUGAUUGCGGCCGCAGCCAGGAGGCGAGACAACUCCCACAAUGAGUUCUACUAUGAGGAGGCCGAGAUGGACCGCAGAAUCCGCAAGCGAAAGGCCAGGCUGGUGGUGGCAGUAGAGGAGGCGUUUACACACAUCAAACGCCUCCACGAAGAAGAGGCAGUGGCAACCUCGUCCCCAAAGCACCCUCGCGAGGUGAUGGAUCCCCGAGAGGCAGCGCAAGCCAUUUUCGCCCCUAUGGCACGGGCCAUGCAGAAGUACCUGAGGACAACGCGUCAGCAGGCCUUCCACAGCAUGGAGAGCAUCCUCACGCACCUGCAGUUCUGCAUCACGCACAAUAUGACACCCAAGGCCUUCCUGGAGCGUUAUCUGAGCCCGGGGCCUACCAUGCAGUACCAGCAGCACAACGGCGGAGGGCGCCAGUGGACGCUGGUGAGCGAGGAGCCGGUGACCUCGGCCCUGCGCCAAGGCCUGGUCUUCUCCGUGCGCCGCCUCGACUUCUCGUUGGUAGUCACCGUCACGCCGUUGCCCUUUCUGCGCCUCGGCGAGGAGUUUGUGGACCCCAAGAGCCACAAGUUCGUCAUGCGGCUCCAGUCCGAGACGUCCGUGUGA